AUGGUACUUAACAUAUUCCAAAAAAGAGAAGUAGGGACAACAACUAUAGAUUCAAGACACGAUGAGUUGCAAAAACCAAUAAAUUACAACCAACAGCAAGUUCAAUAUCAAAACAAACAACCACAUCCACACCCAGUGGUACAAAAGGCAGCAACUACUACACUACUACCAUCUCCAAGACUACAGAAACCAUCACCACUGCAACAACAACAACAACAGAAAAAUCAAUCACAGACAUCUUUUCUGUCGAACGCAAGUAAAAGAAGAACUUACAUUUCACAUCGUAUAAAUCUACCCAACGCUAACCGGAGUGGUUCUACAAGUCCACCAACAAAGAGCACAAGCUAUAUUCCCAGUAUUUUAGAAGCUACUGAAAGUGGUACAUCUAGUCCUUCAAGAGAGCCAAACGACAACCAUGCCUCCGAGCCAGCGACUAGCCCACCAACAAUAGAAGCCAACGUUUCUAUCACCAGUACACCAUCACAUUCACCAGAACUUGUCAACAAAUCCAAGCUUAAAAGAGGUGCUUCACCCAAGGAGUCAGAAGUUGCAAAAAAAACACAAAUCAGUAAUGAAUUUUUAAAUCAACGUCGAGCUCGUAGAAUGAGAGCAAGAUCUAGACCUAAUGGAGUGAAAUCUGUGACAAGGAGGCAACAAGAGAGACGUAAUUCCAUUACAUCAAGAGAAUCAAAAGAGUCACGGGAUUCAAGAGAUGCCAGAGAAUUACUGAAUCUGCAAAGCAAAUCAUCAUCAAGUCUUGAGUCUACUAAAUUGACAAAGCUGCAACAACAAAUGCAGUCAAUGAUUAAGAAAGAGCGUAAUAGAAACAAUAUGCGCCCAAGCCGACUUGUUGAUCAAAGUGAAGUACCCAAACCGAGAUUUAGUUUACCGUACCCUGUAAAUGAUGAAAUUAUUAGCAUUAUAAUCACUGAUGAAGCAGAUGAGCUGGAAGGGGGGGUCCGGGAGGAGCCAAAUCAGCUUAAUGACGAGGAGACACAAGCCGACUUGUCCCAUCUACAGAUUCAAGAAGAAGAAGAAGAAGAAGAAGAAUUUCCUGUUGGAUUUGAACCUAUAAAUACACGCAGUUUCAGAAUUGGUAAUAUACCGAGAAAUUAUACUUAUUCCUCAUCCAAUUCUCCAACACAGUCGCCUAAUACAAUGAGAACUGACUCUCCACGGACUCGAUUUGCUCCAACAAUUCCACGAGACGUAAGAAGCGAAGUGCACAAUGACACUUUACAGCAAUUGACGGGCCAUCUAGAAUCACCUACUCACAAAUCACGGCAACACCAGUCAUCCCCCAUGCAGCAGACUUCAUCGGAGCAAUCUACAUACCAUAUGGCUUCUGAUGAUUUUUCAAUUAGUCGAACAGAAGCCGUUGCUUGUAUAUUGGAGAGAACUGGAAGUACUGCCCAAGGUAGCCGGCGUGGUCAACGAUAUCAGGAAAUGAGACGGAAGCAACUUUCGCAACGUAGUAAUACAAGACCAACUCGACAGGGGGACGGAUCUAUUCUAGAGGAGUCAAGCCUGGAUAACAACAAUGGCGUACUGAGCAAUAGAAAUGACAAUGAUAAUUCACCAAUCGGCAACAUCACCACUCAUGCUGAUGUAUCUUCCCCCAUACAACGUCAACCAUCUUUGUCUCGUCGAUCGACCAUAGAAGAUACUAGGGCUCGUAUCAUUGCUCGAUUGAAUCAACGUAUAGAUCCAACGAUGUAUCCUAUUGAACCAACCACCAUUACCCACUCACAUUCAAACGACGAAGAAGCACCACCACCGUUGGACGAAUAUGCUCAUUUAGAGCACGACCAGCCAUCAACUCCACCGUAUCGAGAGCGACUUCAUAAACGAGUCGAUUUGAUUUCAUUUGAUCCUCGAUACGUAACACCAGUAUUACGAAUCAACAAAAAAUUAAUUCGUACACCAACUAAUUUACGUAAAACAAUUCGGAAAUUGAUUCAAUUAAAAAUUGUUCCUGAGGAGAUUGAUUUAUGGAAAAUUGACCGAAUUGAUGAUGGACAAUUUUAUCAUGUAUUACCACAAUUAUUGAAUGGUGAUGAUGCACAAGAAGAGAUUCGAGCCAUGAAUGAUGCGAUGCGAGUGGCUCGUGAACGAACUGAAUUGGAAUAUGAACUGGAGAUUCAACGAGCUAUUGCAAUUUCAAUGGAAGAGCAAACUCAACGACAAUUGUUUCAUGGGUUUAGAUAUAAUGGACCGCCAAGGAGUCAAGAGCGAGAGGAGAAUGGGGAGAAUGAGGUGAACGAGGUGAAUGGUGGUAAUGGUGGUGGUGGUGGAGAAAGGGAAGAAGAGCAAGAUGAUGAUGGUGGUACACCAGCAGAUGAGACUAGUGAUUUCAAUGAUGUAUUCAUUAAUGUUGAUGAUGCAUUGAGAAUUUGGCAGCAACAACAACAAGAACAAGGACAAGAACAAGAACAAGAACAAGAAGAGGCACUCAAUUUACAUCCAAAUAUGAUGCCCGGAUCAUUCAACUAUUUGUUACCAGCACACGCAAAUUCGUCAGGUUCUUCUUACAUGACUGCCGCUUAA